CGUUCAGUUGCCAUGGUAAUUAAAGAAAGGUUGAGGUCCGCCGGGCUGCGGUGAGCGGAUUGUGGAAUCCGUGCGGGGAACUGGCUUCGCUUCCUCGUUUGGGAGCUGGAAUUAGAAUGGCCAUCAGUCCCAGAAGUGAUGCAGCUUUCUCCAGUCAGACAUCAAUGCUUUCAGAGAGUCCUCGAACAAAGAAAUGUCCACUAACUGAAGAGGAGGUAUUUUAUAGGAAUUGUAGAGCUGCCUACUUAACUGUUUUCAAAAGCAGUUUAGAAAACAUUAACUCUAAAGAUCAACUUUAUUUAGCUCUUCAGCAUGCAGGAAGAAAUCCAUCCCAAAAGACUGUUAAUAAGUAUUGGACGCCUCAAACUGCCAAACUGAAUUUCGAUGAUUUUUGUAUAAUUUUAAGAAAGGAAAAACCAACUUCAAAAGGAGAACUGCUAAAAUCAUUUAAGCAAUUAGAUGUAAAUGAUGAUGGCUAUAUUUUACACACUGACCUUUAUAAACUUCUAACAAAGAGAGGUGAGAAGAUGACUCGAGAGGAAGUAAAUGCUGUAAUAAAUUUGGCUGAUGUAAAUGCUGAUGGCAAAUUUGACUACAUCAAGUUUUGUAAAUUAUAUAUGACAACCAAUGAGGAAUGUCUCAAAACUACUCUAGAAAAACUGGAGGUUGACAGUAAACUGAAGCGUCAACAGUUUGGAAGUCACAUCGAAGGGUCCCCUGAAGGGGACCCAUCACCAGGACCAAAACCAUCGCCUAGAAUCAUAAGAAAAACUGAUCAGGAAACAUUCUCAAAUAAAGGUGACACCAGGAGUUCUUUACUGGCAACAACCAGAAAGUUCAAAACAUCUGUUUCUUUCACAAUCACCAUGGGGGCUAAUAGUAACCGAAGCUCAAAGUUAACUGAGCCAAACUCAGUAAAGGAAUGGCAAUGUGUGCAAUCAAAAGGUUGCUUUUUCUUAGAAGAAGAUGGUGAAAUCAUUAGUCAUCAAUACAGGAUGCAAAUUCCUCAGAGAUCAAUGGUUUAUUUAACAAUUAAGCCAUUAAACCUGAGUCAAGUUGAAGGCAAGUUUAAAUUUUGUUUAUUUUUAAAGAUAUCAAUUUAUGCCUUCUUUGUAAAUACUGAUGUAUUUGAUAAAAAGGUUUCUGGAUGGACUGGUGAACUAGGACCUGGAAUUUAUUGGUUAAUUCCUUCCACAACUGGCUGUAGGCUGAGGAAAGGAAUAAAGCCAAUAACAGAAGAAGCCCAGCUUGUAUAUAGAUAUGAAACAGGGGAAUUAUUUCUUACAAAGGAAUUUAGGUCAACUUUAUCAGAUAUAUUUGAUAUAAUUGAUCUAGAUGGAAAUGGUCUUCUUAGCCUUGAAGAAUACAAUUUUUUUGAAUUGAGAACCAGUGGUGAGAAAUGUGAUGAAGAUGCUUGGGCUGUUUGCAGAGAGAAUUUUGAUACAAAGAAGAAUGAACUAACGCGACAGGGCUUUAUGGAUCUGAACCUAAUGGAAGCCAAUGAUCGCGAAGGAGACCCUCGUGACCUUUGGGUCACUCUGCACUCGAUGGGCUACAAUAAAGCUCUGGAACUGACAGAGACAGAUAAUAAAGUGAUUAUUCACAUCAACAAUGAGCUAAGUAGAAACUGCAUAAAUAACAGAGGACUCAACAUAUUUGCAGUAGAAGUGGCACCAAAGUCUACAAUGGUUUGUCAACAUGUAAUGCCUCUGAAUGAACGACAAGAAUGGAUAUAUUAUUGUGUGUAUUCCCUUAUAUCCUAAAUAUUGUUUUUAGGAAAUAAUUCUACUUGAGACUAUCAAACUAUGAAGAAUUAUUCCAGGUUAAGUCUGUUAUUCAUUGAUCAACUAAAUGCUAAUCAAUUUAACUGAUGUACAUAAAUAAUCUAAUUUGUAUGCAUUUAUGUUUCAUGCUACAUUAUACACUUUAUUGUUAAGUAUAAAUCAUUUUUUUAAUGUAUGACCUUAUUUAGUGGGAAAUCUGCACACAUUUUAUUUAUGAAUAGUAAAUAAAAAAAUUACAGGUAAGCUUUUAAAAAAUAAUACUUAAUGACUUCUA